AUGGGGAUGAGCAGGCCUUCGCGUGAUUUCUCGUUCUCAGUGUGUAAUGGAGUCUUCAAAACUCGGAAGCGAAGCGACUCUCAGCUCUAUAUCCUAUUUGAAUCUAGGUUUGCGAAAAUGCUGAGAAAGAAGAAUAUUUGGAAGACCACUGCCAUAUUUUCACAAGAAGAACUGAUGCUUUCAGAAUGCAAACUUGUACUCGAUUCGGUCAGUGGGUACACGUGGGUGUAUGAAGAAGGGUUGAUCAGCACGUCAAGAAAUCAGAGCAGAAAAACACAUGCAUCUACUGUCCUAUGCAACAAUAAUGUUCAACGAGUGUAUGAAAAUUGCAACCCUCAUGAGUAUUCCGGCAGAUCGUACCGCUAUGGCUGGUUAGAGGAUUUCCGUCCGUUCAGCGGAAAUUUAACUGCUAUUGUUGAUGCCGGUCUUGAGAAAAUUGUAUCCGUGGUUCCUGACGAGUUGCAUGGCGCGCUUUUUUUAGCUGGUUACAGGAGAGGAUCUACUAUUCUGCUAAGAGUAAGUGUUUGUUGUAUUAUAUGA